AUGAAACCGGAAAUGUCCAAGUCUAUCGUGCGUUUGGUGUCCGAUCUAGAACGGAACUGUAGAGCACUCGAUGCUGCACAGGUGACGCAAACGCUACGGCGAAAGCGUGCACGUUCCCUCUGCCGAUAUGUCGCUGGCAGCGGCUACCUGCUACCUACACAGGGACUCGAGCUCGCUGAACUGGACGCUACUGCUCACACGUGGCCUGAUCGGGACGAGGCGUACGAAGCACGGCGACCGUGGAGGCAUCAGCUGCAACGGCAGGGGUCGGUCCUCUUUGCUGACUACAUGGAGCAAGUCGGGUGGGCUCGCCUGCUCGACCAGUGUCUCUGUGGACGCAGUGCCGCCACAAGCGAGCCACUGGAUGCUGAAGCGCGUGCUGUGCGGGAGCGGCGUAGAGUUCGCUGGCUCCGGAAUUUGCCGCUGCAGAGCGCUGCUGAGCGGGCUGUCAGCAGUGACAGCGCGCAGCAGGCAACUGAUGCAACGCUGGCGUACGCGCUUGCCUAUCACCCGGGCACCGAGGUUGUUGCCGUUGGCGACCAGGGCGGUCGCGUGCGGCUGAUCGACGUAGACCGUACCGUGCAGAUCGCAUCGGAAGAAAACGGUCCUAUUGGAGUGUCCCGAGAGCGAGCUCUGUACGUGGAAUCUGAGAACCUGGUUGCUUUCUGGAAUAGUUGCGAGAGCAACCGGGCAGUGUUUGACGUCGCUUGGCUACCGGGGGCGACGACCAACGCAUCCGGACUGGCUGCAGCUUACGCCUCAGGAGUUGUCGAUAUCGUGGACGUCUCCACGUGCAGCGCAUUAGGUCAUAAGAAUCGUCAGCGAGGCUGGAAUCGAGACUGGCGUUAUUUUCAGGAUUACGGAGGAAGCGAGGCGCCUUCGCCACCGGUACGCGUUGCACGGCUGUGCGGACACCAUGGCGCAGUGCGAAGCAUUGCUCCGCUCCCGGAGGAUGGAGGUCGCAUCAUCAGCACCUGUGGACGAGACGGGAACAUCUUCGUCUACGAUCUGCGCAGCUGCAGGCGACUUGCGUCGAGCUCCAGUACGGCGCUUUCCGGAGAUAAUAAGACACGUAACGCGCUCCUUCCUGUGCGCGCUGUGCAGCUGGGGCAUUUUCGGAACCCUGCGGCUCGUCGACUCGUGGAGCGGGGCGUAGCUUCCCGGGCUGAUCUCCUGGCACCCUCACCUGAUCGAGCGAUCGCAAGCGUUGUCUGGCUUGGACCUGAUCCCAGUGCGCUGUUAUCGGCAGGUGCAACGGAUGGAUUGCUGAAGGUGUGGGAUUUGCGUCAAACAUGGUCGACUUGUCCGUUGCUCAGCCCUGAAUUCGAAGGUGGCUCGCUCAGAGCACACAGACGCCUCGCCAAACCGGUGACAACGGUGCAGCUUGCCCCAGGUAACGGCAUCGCACAUGCGCACCUGCAGCACAGCUGUCGGCGCCUUGCGGUGGCCACACUGCGUCCAGGUGCACCCGAACGUGGCACAGUCUUCAUUCUGGACCCGUUGCAGCUCGGAAAUGCUCGUCUCUCGAAUGGAGUUGUACAGAGCAUUCAGGCACCGCUGUGGUCUCAUUAUACUCGGGUGCGCCCAAGUCCCGAUGGUGCGUACGUUGCCUUUGGGUCCGGUUGCGACCUUAUUGUUGCGGAUCUGGGGAACCUGCCCGCAGCACACUGGGAACUUCCAGCGCAAGUCGCUGGCAGCGAUGCGUCGCCCGAUCGAGACGAUAGGUUCGUUCGCAUAGCCUGCACCGGGGAGGUGACCGCCCUGGACUGGAGCUCACGCUGCGACGGACGCAUCGCCAGCGUUGCCGACCUGGAGCCCGUGAAGAUUACCCAGUGGACCAUGGCCGCCGCCGCCGCCGCCGCCCUGCACGAGCAACGCUCCCCAAGCGUCAUGUCGUACGCAUCGCGAGGCGAACGUCGGUAUCGAAGCCACGCUGAUCGUCAUGCCUCAGGCGAUGCAGAACCGAGUCGAUCAGGGCGAGGAGCACACGACCAAGCGUCUGAACGCGUUCGCCGUCCGAUACCCUGCCAGUGUUGCGAGCAAAUCGAUGUGGAGCCUGAGCGAUUGGUAACCAGGCUUCCAUGUCCACGAUGCAUGCAUGAACGCUUCUGCCCAGUACCAAGGGUAAGACGCUCUCGUUAG